AUGUUUCCACCCCGUGGCGUCCCAAAAACGCCUAAAAGCCGCGACAGUCUUACACAUCGGCUGCUUUCCCUUGGACUUUGGGCCUGCUACAAGAGAACACAAUCGGUUGUCUACUCCCGGCUAGAGUCACACUUGCCACAAGUUGUUGCAUCGACGCUCACCACGAUUGCCUGUGCUCCUAUCCGGCUGUCCUGGACAUCUCUAGUCACGUCUGAUGAGAAUGAGAGGGGUGGCACCUUCAUGACGUCUCUGUUCGCCAUACGACGUGCCACAUGGCUGCGCUUCAUCGCUACAACGAUUUUGUGCGACAACUUCGAUCUUGUGACGAGCUUAUGCCUCAAGUUUUUCUUCGACGCUAUCGCCCCGUUCCCAUCUGACGAAGAGUUGCUCAGCGGCGAGGCUACGAUUCGUGUCUCGUCUUGUCUGAAAAGCGCUGCCUUGAUUCUUCCAACUGUCAUGCUCUUAUGGAUACUGGAAACAGUACCCUCCACCUGUGCUGCUACUGCUGCACUUUACCAACAUUUGGAAGUUGACAAAGGAUGGUUGGUUGGUGUCGCGGAGGACAUUCGUGUUGGAAUUCACUCCAUGAGUUUGCAACUAUGUCAAGGCCUGGCCCAGGACUUCUUGCUCGGAUCCGUCAGUGUUCUAGGGAUUGCUUUGGCUCCGAUGGUCGGUUGGGUGCUGUUUCCGCGAUCUGUAUGA